CGCAGCUGGAGCAGCCAAGCGGUGCCAGGCCAGGUGGGUACGUCAGUGGUCCUUCCGUGCCCGCGCCGGAGACCAGCCCCGGAAGCCGCCCGGGCCCGUCCCUGUGUCCGGCACCAUGAAGCAGGAGUCUGUAGCUGAGAACACCCCGCCCGCCUCACCGCCUCCCUUGCAGCCCCCCCAGGACGACUGCGACCCCCAAGCGUUGUGGAUUUUCGGGUACGGCUCCCUGGUGUGGAGGCCCGACUUCACCUACAGCGACAGCCGUGUGGGCUUCGUGCGCGGCUACAGCCGCCGCUUCUGGCAGGGAGACACCUUCCAUCGGGGCAGCGACAAGAUGCCUGGUCGUGUGGUGACCCUCCUUGAAGAUCGUGAGGGCUGCACUUGGGGUGUGGCGUACCAGGUGCAAGGUGAGCAGGUGAAUGAGGCCCUGAAGUACCUGAAUGUGCGGGAGGCAGUGCUUGGCAGCUAUGAUACCAAGGAGGUCACCUUCUACCCUCAAGAUACCCCUGACCAACCACUCAAGGCAUUGGCCUACGUGGCCACCCCGCAGAACCCUGGUUACCUGGGCCCUGCGCCUGAGGAGGCCAUCGCUACGCAGAUCCUGGCCUGCCGAGGCUUCUCUGGCCACAACCUUGAGUACUUGCUGCGCCUGGCAGACUUCAUGCAGCUUUGUGGGCCCCAGGCACAGGACGAGCACCUAGCAGCCAUCGUGGAUGCUGUAGGCACCAUGCUGCCCUGCUUCUGCCCCACUGAGCAGGCUUUGGCACUGGUCUGAGGGGCUGAGCCCCUACAUGGACACAGGGGCCAGGUCCCCACUCCAGUGCACACAGACAGACUUGAUAAUAGCUGGAGCCCACUGAGAAGACUUGGUGGGCCAACAGGGGCCUCUUUUAAGCCCCUGCCUGUCCGCCAGCCCCCAGAUCUCCUACCUGACACUGACUUACUACUUGAAACUUUAUUUAUUGCACCAUGUUGGUGUGGUGGGCAGGGUGGGGGGCCUGCCCUAGUUAUAGGGGCCCUGCUGAGCGGUGCCCCACCCCAGGCGCCUGGUGCCUGACCAGAUUCCCCCCAGUGCUGCUGCUAUCCCCAUACUACCCAGGCCUCCACCUCCCCAGGGAGC